CGGAACCGCCGCGAGAAAGGAACCGGAGACACCUUGGUUCCUCCGCGGGUGUUGGGAUUGUAGGCGCCGCGCGGUCGGCUGGUUGCGGACCACAGGGAGGAAGACCCCGGGGCUUGCCUUCCUUCCGCUGCCGCCGCCGCCGCUAUGAUUCCGGUUUCGCUGGUGGUAGUGGUGGUGGGCGGCUGGACUGCCGUCUACCUGACGGACUUGGUGCUGAAGUCAUCUGUCUAUUUUAAGCAUUCUUACGAAGACUGGCUGGAAAACAACGGAUUGAGCAUCUCCCCUUUUCACAUAAGAUGGCAAACUGCUGUUUUCAAUCGUACCUUUUACAGUUGGGGACGGCGGAAAGCGAGAAUGCUUUACCAGUGGUUCAAUUUUGGAAUGGUGUUUGGAGUAAUUGCUAUGUUUAGCUCUUUUUUCCUCCUUGGAAAAACUUUGAUGCAGACUUUGGCACAAAUGAUGGCUGACUCUCCCUCAUCUUAUUCUUCCUCCUCCUCUUCUUCGUCUUCCUCCUCUUCCUCUUCUUCCUCCUCCUCCUCAUCCUCAAUUCACAAUGAACAGGUGCUACAAGUUGUGGUUCCUGGUAUAAAUUUACCCGUCAACCAACUGACCUAUUUCUUCGCUGCAGUCCUCAUUAGUGGUGUUGUACAUGAAAUUGGACAUGGGAUAGCAGCUAUUAGGGAACAAGUUCGAUUUAAUGGCUUUGGGAUUUUUCUCUUCAUUAUUUAUCCUGGAGCAUUUGUUGAUCUGUUCACCACUCAUUUGCAACUUAUAUCACCAGUCCAGCAGCUAAGGAUAUUUUGUGCAGGUAUCUGGCAUAAUUUUGUCCUUGCACUCUUGGGUAUUUUAGCCCUUGUUCUCCUCCCGGUAAUUCUCUUGCCAUUUUACUACACUGGAGUCGGAGUGCUUAUCACUGAAGUCGCUGAGGACUCACCUGCCAUUGGACCCAGAGGCCUUUUUGUGGGAGACCUUGUCACCCAUCUACAAGAUUGUCCUGUUACCAAUGUGCAAGAUUGGAAUGAAUGUCUAGAUACCAUCGCAUAUGAGCCUCAGAUUGGUUACUGUAUAAGUGCGUCAACUUUACAGCAGUUAAGCUUCCCAGUUAGAGCAUACAAACGGCUAGACGGUUCGACGGAAUGUUGUAACAAUCACAGCCUCACAGAUGUGUGCUUUGCCUACAGAAAUAAUUUUAAUAAGCGUUUGCAUACAUGUCUACCUGCCCGGAAAGCAGUGGAAGCCACUCAAGUUUGUAGAACCAAUAAAGAUUGUAAGAAAGGCUCUAGUUCAAGUUUCUGUAUAAUACCGUCUUUGGAAACUCACACUCGCUUAAUUAAAGUGAAGCACCCGCCUCAAAUUGAUAUGUUGUAUGUAGGACAUCCACUGCACCUCCACUACACAGUGAGCAUCACCAGUUUUAUCCCACGUUUCAACUUUCUAAGCAUAGAUCUGCCUGUGAUUGUGGAGACAUUUGUCAAAUACCUGAUUUCACUCUCCGGAGCUCUGGCUAUUGUUAAUGCAGUGCCCUGCUUCGCUUUGGAUGGACAGUGGAUUUUAAACUCUUUCCUGGAUGCCACCCUGACCUCAGUAAUUGGAGACAGUGAUGUCAAAGAUCUGAUAGGAUUUUUCAUCUUGCUUGGGGGCAGUGUGCUUUUGGCUGCCAACGUGACCCUGGGACUCUGGAUGGUAACAGCACGGUAAUAUUUGCAGUCUUCCAACGGAAUCUCUGAGUUACGGUAUACAGCUGUGAGGUAACAUCCCUUGCCAUUCAAAACCUGACUUGGUGUGAAAUAUAAAGUGCUUCCUUAAAAUGACAUCUUAGCCAACAACUUUGAGCCCCUCCUAUCUCCAGAGUAUCCAGACUCUGGGGUUGAGGACAAACAAAACAAACGGAAGGCAUAGUACCUGACAACAUUCUAGUUUUAAAGUUUAAGCAUACACACUUCAGUUGCUAUGGAGCAAUUUUUAAAGAACUGAAAAUUCCUGUAAUACCAUUUCAUGUGACUACAUAAUGUGUUGAAAUAGAGUAAAACAGAAUAAAAUGGAAUGGAAUUAAUCAGGAAAAACGUCUUGAAAAAGCAUCGUUAAUCAGGAUUUGAAGGAGACCAGACUUUGGCCAAGUGGAAGAGUAAGUGUUUUCUAGGCCUGUAUCUCUUGUCCUGCUUGAAAAGUGUUUUAAAAUUUAAUGGUAUAUUAUUUUGUACUCUGAAAACUGAGGCCUGAUUACAUAAUAAAGUUCUAUAAAAGAAUCUGCUGAUGUGAAAGGGAAAAUCUUUCUCAAAAGAUGCCAAGUAAACAUAUGGGAAGUAGGAUCUAUGAUAUUGUGAGACAUGUUUUCCCCAUAAGAGUUGCCUCCUUGUGUCUUUGUACCUUCCUAAUGUCACUAGCCUCAAUAGUCGGCAUGAGCUGCGAGCAGGUGUCUCACGCCUGCAGCAUGUGAGAUGCGGCAGUCAGAGCUGAGCAGCAGAACUGAGCCAGGGCUUCUCACAGAUCGCAAGCUUCACAGGUCACAAGCUUCGAAGCUUGGAACCCUUCCAGGGUGUACUGUAGACGUUUUCUCUUGCGCUGCUGAGGCCAUAUUGGGCCUAGCUCUUGGGUUCCUGUCUUCGAGAAGCAACCACUUUAAGCCCUGAGCCAUGUUCUGUCCUCACCAGUUGCUCCCAUGUUUCACCGUGUCGGGUGAUGAAACACCUAGCCCUUGCUUUCCACCUUUGCCCUAAGCUUCCAGUGUGGGUCCACUGAAGACUUUGUAGUACAAUGAGAAUGGCUAUACACAAGUACAAACAUGGGUUUGUUAGAGCUUGGGAACUGACUCUUGAGCCCAAAAGGGUGAUGCCUGGUUCAAAGUCAUUUGGACUGGAGAUACCGCCCUGGGAAAUUGGGAAGUUAGCAGGCCAGUAUGGAGAUAUCGGUCUUACAAGUGUAUAAGCAUGCCGUUUCUUUGGUGAAAAACACAUGCUUCUCUCAUAUACUCAAGAAGCAAUGAAAGGCAAUAACUUUUGACAACCAUGUGUCCACCUUCUUCACUAAGUGAACUAUUCUAUGGCAUUACCUUUUUCAGAUCAUUGAGUUGCUCUUUGAGCACUAGAAUUUUUAGUCAUUUUUAAGAAACUUUUAAAAUUUCAUUACAAAUUUGCUUCUCUCCUGAAACAAGUUGUAUAUUGAAUAUAAUUUUGACAUUUUACUAAUGACUCGGGGCUAUCAGUGAAUACCAGUACUAAAAGCAGAAAAAUGAUCCCAGGAGGAAAAUAUGGCAUUUGUUCUAUCCUUAGGAAAACAGUCAUUUGGGAUCAACAUUUAUUAGCAUUGUACUGCUCAGGCUUGUGCAGAUAGUAGAGCUUGAGAAAUGCCAUGAAAUAUAUGUGCAGGUCUAUUUUUUUAAGAACUGAGAAAUCCUAUCCAUUAACAUCUUUUUCUGGGUUAAAAAAACGAAACAAAACUUAUUUUAGCUGUUAAAUUCCUUGGUUUGUUGAACCAUAUUGGGAACCACUUUACUAGGAAAUUGAGCAGAUCAGUAAGUACCAUUUUGUUUAGAAAUGGCUUCAUUAGCUAAGAAAGGAAAUGUUACAUGUUUGUCUCUUCAGCUCGAUUGUAGGCACUUCUAGAGCAAGGACCAUGUCAUGUUCAUCUUUGCAUGUCUGACACAGCGCAUGAGACAUCGUAAGUGCUUAAUAAACGUGGUGGAAUGGAUGGCGAAGAGUGUUAUUUAUGGAGUAGAAAAGCAUGUUUCUAUUUAAGUAAGCUGUAAAAAGUAUUAUUAAAUAUUUACUGUAAAUAUGUUAACAUGAAAAAACAACUUGGAAGGUCUUUGUGUCCCUAGUGUAUUAUCACCUUUCUGGACAUAAUCCACUUUUGUUUCUGUGGAUUGACUAGAAAAAUUAAUGCUUUUAAGGAUUUGAAGAAAGUGUUCUUUCUCUGUUGUCACUUUAACAGUAAAACCUUAUUCUCAGUGUUCCUACUCUGCGUUGUUUACAUUUUUGAGGGUUUUUUUUUUAAAUCACCUAUAAUCUGUAAAGAAUACACAUAUUCUUUUCAACAUCUCAGUUUGAAAAGACGUACAGUUAAACUUGACCUUUUAAUAAUUGUUCUUACAGGUCACUGUCUGUUCUGACAGUAAAUUGUAAAUGUAUGCUUUAUGGCUAUGUAGCUUUCAGUCAUCAUUUCGUCCUGUGGUAUUUAUUGAAUGUCCACAUAACUAAAGGUGCACAAGUAUUUUUAUUCUAGAAACCUUUUGACUGUGCUGUAAUUCAUUCUUAAGCUUUAGCUUGAAGAUACCAUAAUUGCUGGCAUUUGAUGUUUAGCAAUAAAAGAAUAAAUGUACCAGCAUUUUAUGUUUCUCAUCAUCCAUGUGUUGUCUUCUUUUAAAUUUGUACUCUUUUCUGUCGAAAUUGUUCCUUUUACAUAGAGUAAGAUCCUAGUCAUUUUUAAAAUUAUUGAUUUUACAAGCAGCCUUCAAUUUUCAUUCAAGUCAUCUGUACACGAGUGUUAACAGUCCAAGGAGAGAAGCCUUUUUAAAAUGAGGUUCUUGCAUUCUUGCUAUGGUUUUGGAAAUAGCCUGUUAAUAGAUGAAGGAAGAGGACUAUCUUGUUUCCUUUCAUUAGUGUCUGACAGAAGUCUUCUGUAAGUUACUCCAUGUUCUAGAAAUUCUCGAAGGAGCUUUAACUAUGACAUUUGGUUCUUCUUGACCUUCUGCCCUAGCACUUCCUCCCUUGUCCCCAGCACCUCCCACCCCUACACACUUACACAUGCGCACGCGCGCACACACACACACACACACACUUACAGUCACACAUUCUCACAGUUACUAAAGGGCAGAUAAAAUAGGCUGGGAAUUUAGCCCAGUUCCUGAUUCGUUAGUCUGUUAUUCCACUCCUUCUCUCCUCUGACCCCAUUACUCUAUAGUUGAGAGCCACAACACUAGAUAACUGAUUAUCUAAACCAUUUUUAUUCUUUUUAUUUUAAUAGCUUUGUUGAAAUGUAAUUUAUAUACCAUGAAGGUCACUCAUUUAAAGUGUACAAUUCAUUAUAAACAAUUUUUCUUGUAUGUCUAAUCAAACAUUAGUAUACAUAUGCUUUCAUAAAACCCAAGCUUUUAAGUGAACAUGUGAUAAAAGACUAGAAAGAAAAAAUGCAUUUUUAGUUAUUUCCAAAGUCUUUUCAUUCUGGAGUGAUUUUCAGCACUGGAAUAGAGUUGAAUAACAAAUUUAAGGUAAAGCAUGUGUGCAUAUACGUUCUUUGAGACAAUGAGCUUUUUUAACCAGUGUUCUACAGUAUUUUAAUUUUGAAGCUGUUCUUUCUGUUUAGGCCAUACCAGUUUGAACAAUCCAUUGUCUGUUUUUUCAGACCAUGGCAAAUGAGCUCAGUGAAAGGAAAGCCUGUAUCUCAGAAUUUACUGAUGCUGCAGUAGGUUAUACUCAGGGUAGAGGUAGAGAAAAAUGGUUAAAGGACGUUGCAGUUCUAGUUCCAAGCAUUAUAUUGUGUAAUUUAUUUUCCCAUCAAAGAGAGAAGGAAAUCAUUACUUUUUAGUUUUCUUUAUUUAAAAAUUGAUGGAUAUUCAAUAAUUGUCCUUUUUUAUUAAUGAAAUGAUUCUCAAACUUUUCUAUCUUGAUACCACCAAAUCAGACAGUAGAAAACUAUCUACUCUGUACACCUUUUGGGAUAUUAUAUGUCAAAAUAAGCUUUUUUACACCUUCGUUUUUAAUUUGCAUUUCUUUGGUUAGAAAAGAGGCUAAGCUUUUCUUUUUUAUUUAAUGUAUGUUCUUUUGUAAAUUGUUUAUCCACAGCCUUUGCCCAUAUUUCCCUGGGGUGGUCCCUGCCUUUCAUACUUUGUUCCUAGCAUUCCUUUUUUAACCUUUCAACCACUUUGUUUCCCUCCUUUAAUGAUUUCUAAUUUUCUUUCUAGGCUUUAUAUAUUACCAGAAAUCUACAGCAGGAGGUAGCACUAUGCAAUUUACAGAAUAUUCACUUCUCCAGUUCAGAGCACCUCCUUUUUGUUAUCAAAGUACCUAGGAAAAGAGGUUGGUAGUCAGAAGUUUGCUUUGGUAGAAUAGAAUUGGAACAUAAAGAGAUAGAUAGUAUAAAAUUUUCAGCCUUUAUAAAAAAUGAUUUCUUAUUAGAAAAGAAAUACACACUCAUUAUCGAAAACAUAUUAAAUGAAAUUAAAUUGCAAUUUGUUGGGGAAAAAAAAGGAGUACAUUAUACCGAUAGGCUGCUUUUUAAACGUGACAACGUUAUAUCAAACAUUUUCUCAUGUUAUUGGUAUUCUUCUAGUGUUAUUAUCCGUUGUUCAGGAGCCCUGGUGGCGCAGUGGUUAGCUCGGAUGGUAACCAAAAGGUCGGCAGUUUGAAUCCACCAGCCACUCCUUGGAAACCCUAUGGAACAGUUCUACUCUGCCCUAUGGGGUUGCUAGGAGUCGGAAUCGACUGAACGGCAGCGGAUUUGGAGGGGGGGGGUUAGUGUUAUUUUAAUGACAAUAUGAUAUUGCAUUGUUAAAUAUGCCAUAAUUUAAUCAACCUCUGUUAUUUUCAGUUUUGCAAUAUUACGUACAGAAUUGUGAGGACUAUCUUUAUAACUAAGUCGUUUUGCACAUUCAUGAUUUUUCUAAUUCUAGAAACUUAGGAAAAUCCUAGAAGAAAAAUUGCUAACUUAAAAAUAUGUACAUUUACAUAUACAUUGUAAUGAAAUUUUUUUGUUAGUUGGGUAGGCAAAAAUGCCAUCUCAUGUUAAUUUCCAUCUCUUUGAUUAGAAAAAAGGUUGGACAUUUUAAAAUGUGUUUAUUGGCUGUUGUGUUCUUUUUGUUUAUCUACAUCCGUUGUUCAUUUUUCAUGGAAGUGAUUAUUGUCUUCUUACUGCAUUUCAUCAUAAGCUCAGCUGUACCGUUUGAUUUGUUACAUGUGAAUAUAUUAAAACUUCAUUUUAAGUAUAAUGCUUAUUUUUACGUUUGCCAUAUGUUUUCCACCUUUGGUGAUAUACUUUGAAAGUCUUCCUCACCCCAAGAUUUUAUAAAUGUAAUAAGUGAGAUUAUCUCUUAUUUGAUAUAAUAUUUCUCAUUUAUAUAGGAGAUAACUCUUUGUUAUACUUUUUCAGUUCAGUAAUACAAUGAAGUGAGUAUAUGUUUCAUGUGUUUUAAUUGAAUGGAGUGCUUAAACAGUUUUUUUCCUUAAGGUAUUUGUAUUUUUAUUGAACUAGUGUUUCUCAUUUCUAAACAAUAGAGACUAACAAUCUGGAGAUUAUCCUUGAUGCAUAUCAUUGUCUAAAGAUAAUGUUUUCAUCAACCUCUUAAUUGAAAUAUUUUUUUACUUCUUAGUCUGGAUUUAACAUUAGCCUUUAAAGGGUAAAAAAAAAAUCUGUCUUUGGAAUAGUUGUCCUAAUUUUAAAGUAAAUAUUUUAUCUUCAUCUGUUUUAGUUAUAUGACGAUUAACUAUAUAAUAUGGCAUCUCUUGAUCACUUGUUCAAUACAUGCAUUGUUUUUUAUCAUCACAGGUUUAAAUUAUUAAAAUAAAGGGUAAUGAAGAUACUAUGAAUUUGUAUUUCAUUUCUUGUAAAAUUUUAACUUUUUUUCAAUUCGUAAUAAAUGAUCAGUUUCAAAGAAGUUGGUUAAGCGUGCUUUGUCCAUUUAAAAUGCUUUUCUUAUGAGAUCGCUGUAGUGAGUUUUUAAACUUGCCCAACUUUAGAGUAUGACUAUUAUAAAUAAGAGAUGCUUAUUGGAUAAAAAAAGGUUCCAUUUUGCGUGCUUAUCCCCCAUCUUCACUCACUAGAACUGCUGUAUAUAUUCUUACAUUCAUUUAACAAAUAUUUAUUGCACACCUACUGUGUGCCAAGCACUGUUCUAGGUUCUAAGAAUGCAGAGUAAAUAAGACAAUUUUUCUUUUUUGUAUUUCAUAAGGAAAAAAAGACCUUUUUUUUUUAACAAGUAUAUAUUAAGCACUACUAAGUGUCCCAGGCAUGGGGUGGUAAGAGAUUAAGCUAAGGAUAUAGCAGGGGCCAGGUCUAAGAAAUAUGUUAGGGAAAAUUUGGACUGGAGCCUAAUCACAAAUGGAAAGUUUCAAGCAAGAAAGUGCCAUUAUCAGAUUUGCAUUUUGAAUGGAUCAUACUGCCUGAGAGUAAAGGAUGGAUUAGAGGGAAACAAGUCUAGAGGCAAAGAAAUUGAUUAGGAGACUAUUUCAGUAAUCCCCAGCAAGAGACGAUGGUGACAUAGAAUGGGAUGGUGGCAGUAGAGAUCGAAAGACAGGACAAACUCAAAUGUAGCAUCCACUGCAUUUGAUGGUCAGAUGUAGAAAGUUAGGUUCAGGAAGGAGUUAAGAAGACUCCAGCUUUCUGGAGUAGACAGUUAAAUAGAUAGUUAAUGCCAUUAACAGAUAUAGGAAACACCAGAAUAGGGGCAGUUCAAUUUGGAGCAACUCAAUUUAGAGCCAUAGCCUUUGAUAAGAGGAUUGCCCUUUCUGGAAGGAGGAGAAGAGGAAAGAUGGGCAUAGGUAUAGUUGUCUGUAGGUUUGAUAGGGAGCUUUACUUGGGUUUCCAUCAGUCAUCAAGUGCCUAACCAUCCUUGGCACAGAGCAGGUGCUAUAGAAGUCUUUGUUGAGUAAGACGGGCUCCUCACUUAACUGCAAGAAGCUUAGCCAACCAGGCUUCCAGUUAAUAUUAAGACCUGCCAGCUUAAGGUACAGUACUUCAGAAACAGGCGCAGGGAGCUCAGCUCUGGGAUGAUGGCAUUGCAUUUUCUGAUUUUGAGAAUGUCCUGUGUUUAUGUAAAUUCUUAGGAAACACAGGCUAAAGUAUAGGAAUAAAGGGCAUGAUGUCUGAAACGUACUCUCAAAUGGUUCAAAGGGGUGAUAAAGCAAGUGUGGCAAAAUGUUAACAAUUAUUGAAUCCGGGUGAAGAGUAUUGAGUUUUUGGUACUGCUUUUGAAACUUUUGUUUGAAAUAAUUUCAAAAUAAAGUUUUUUUUUAAAAAAACAGCUUCUGAAUUUAUUGAUCAUCUCUACGUUUUCAUUUUCUAUUUUAUUCUAUUUCUGAUCUCAACAACUUUUUAUUUCAUAACUUCCUAUGAGUAGAAAGGAUGAAUUUGAGAAAGCAGCUUUUUGAGUUUGGGCAAAUUAUAUCUCUUCAUCUGUGAAAUGAGGAUACCAAACCAAACCCACUGCCAUCGAGUCAAUUCUGCCUCAUAGUGAUCCUAUAGGGAAGAGUAGAACUGCCCCAUAGGGUUUCUAAGGCUGUAAAUCUUUACGAAAGCAGGCCACCACAUAUUUCUCCCGUGGAGCAGCUGGUAGGUUUGAACUGCCGACCUUUUGGUUAACAGCCAAGUGUUUUAACCACUGCACCACCAAGGCUCCUCAAAAUGAGGAUAAUACCUUCAAAAUUUUGCUAUAGAUACUGUGGUGGCACACAGUAAAACCAUUUGUCAGGGAGGCGACUCUGACUCAUGGCAACCCCAUGUGUGUCAGUAGAACUGUGCUCCUUAGGGUUUUCAAUGGCUGAGUUUUCAGAAAUAGAUCACCUGCCUUUCUUCUGAGGUACCUCUCCAUGGACUUGAACUUCCAACAUUUUGGUUAUCAACCAAGCAUGUUAAUGGUUUGUAUUACACAGGAGCUCCUGGCACGCAGUAGGCACUCAAUAAAUGCUAUUCCCUACUCUUUCAGGACCAGUUCAAAUCACCAGUUCAAAUGUCCUUAUGAGACAUUCACUUGUCACCCCCACGAGAACUUAUUUUGUACCACACCAUACAUUUAACUAAAUGGCUUUUAUAUGCAUUAUCUCUUAAUUCUCCCGAUAACUUUACAAGGUAGGUUAUCAUUUUCUCUAGGUGAGGACAUUUACUGAAGUUAAAUGACUUGGCUAAGAUCACACAGUUAGUGUAUAAAAAUACCAGGAUGAGAACUCAGGGUUUUUAGCCCCAAGUCCUGUGUUUUUUUAUCUUGCACCACAAUUUAAUAUUUCUCUUUCCUGGGUUUUCUAAACAUUUGUGCUCAUGACACCCAUGGGCAAGCUCAUGCAUCCUUUUUCCUUUCCUGGUUUAUAAACUCUUCGAGGACCGUGACCACAUGCUUUCUCUUGGCAUUGCUACCCUCAUAGUGGUUCAUAACAGUACUCACUAAGAUCUCUUGAAUGGAUGGAUACAGGCCCCUCCCAAGUAAAAAAAAAUGAUCCCCCUUCUUAGUCUUGUACACUCCACUUUCACCCCUUCUCUCCACUAUUGGCGAAAAGGAGAUGUAUGAGCAUAAUUUUUCUUUCUACUAUUGCAAUGGGAGCCAGAGAGAAAUUAAGAAGAUUCCACAGGCUGGAAGUACAACAGGCACAUGAAUAUUAGGCAUGUAGAGUUAGUUCCCUGCCCACUGUAGAAACAUCUGUAGAUAUUUUUGAUGAGAGGAAGAGAUCUUGUCUAUUAGUAGUAGGUGAAGGAGAGUUUGGUCGUGGUAUUUUUUUUCCUCCCCUGAGAAAAAUAAAAUGUACUUGUCACGUUAUGGUAAUGAUGAACUUUUCAGAUGAUUGAUCAUCAAUCCUUGGUGUCAUCUGAGUACACUGGAAAUGCAUUUGCCUCGCUAUUUGGUUGUUAUAUAAUUCCUGUAAACAUUAAAGGAUAAAAAGAGAAAACAUAGAGCAAGAAAUAUUUUGGGUCCAGGUUUUAGCCCUGCCACCUACUAAAAAAAAAGUGACCUUCAAAAGGUGUAGGUUUUCAGGUCCCUUCUCAGCUCACUAAGGAACCCUGGUUGGUAGUGCAGUAGUUAAGCACUCUGCUGCUAACUGUAAGGUGAGCAGUUUGAACCCACCAGCUGCACUGUGAGAGAAAGAUAAAAUGGCAAUCUGCUUCCAGAAAGAUCACAGCCUUGGAAACCCUAUGGGGCAGUUCUACUCUGCCCUAUAUAGGGUUGCAAUGAGUUGGAAUCAAUUCCACAGCAAUGGGUUUGGUUUUACUAGCGUCCCCCUGCCUCCACCUCUGUAAAGCAACAGAGCUCCAAGGGUAAACUUGGCUUCAGAGCUCAGAGGGGAAUACGGUCAGUCAGGAGCAGCCCCAGGAAACUCAAAGGCCUAGACUCGCCUUCUCUUGCAGGAGCUGCUGCUGGACCACAUGCUGCCUGUCCCACUCCUGGAGCCAAACAUUCAAGGAGUGUGUCAGAAAUGUGGUAACCACCUAUUCCUAGGAAGAAAGGCUACACUUCAACCAGCAUAUGUCUACUUCAAGCCAGGGCACCCAUAAUAGAUGCAACUUGAAGGGUUGAACCCAAUUGCAACCUCUAGCACAUUUUGGAGAGUGGUGGUGUGAAAUGAGUUCCAAAGGAAACAACUGGACACAACCUGAAAAGUAAAGUUGUUUUGUUUAACAUACAAAGUGACUUCCUAACAUCUUUUUUGAACAUUCAAGCUCUGUGGAGGUAAAGCAACACACAGGAUCUCCCUUACUAGGGGGGAAAUCAAGCUGGUUUUGAUUUUAGCAAUUUAUAACCUUAACAUACUUGUGGUACAGUAAAACCUGUGACAGACGGAACCUAUGUAAGGUGGAAAUCUGUCAGAGAAGGAGAACUCAAAUAUUUUCCACUAAUAGAGAGCAAUAGAAAAGUGGCAAGACCACACCUUGUCAAAGGUGGAAAACUUGUGAGACCCAGAAAAACAAAGCAGUCCCAUUGAAUUCCAGCUCUCACAGGUUUCACUGUGUAAAGUAUUUCUUAUACUGAAUAGUGUUUCUUAAAGUUCACUUUUUGUUUUUAACUCAAAAUGAGAUAUAGAGAAAAGGUGGCUGUUUAGGAUGUCUGUAGAACUUUUGUAAUAUCACAGUUUUUUAGAUUAAGGAAUGUUCUCCCAAAAUACAAGUUGGUCCACGCUUUCAGUUGCUUGCCCAAAAGACAUUCCUUCGAUGGCAGUGAGUUGGGUUUUUUUGGUUUUCAGGCUGAAUAGUGGGUAGCUUGUACACUUUUGUUUCUGCUUAACAGAAGGAUCUUUAACUUGUGAAGGGUAUUCCUUAGAAUACUGAAUUAAUGACUUGCAAUACUGGAACAAGUCAGAUUGAGUUCAGUUUGAUUCAGGACAGGUUGCCCAAUAAAGGAGGACCAUUGGCCGCCCAGUAAUAAUUUUAUGAGGGAUUAAUUUGUGGGAUCCCAAUGGAGUAGUUCUCAAAUUUAAGAGAACUAGAGGUAACACUUUAGUCCAAGGUAAUUGUAAAGAUUUGGAAAGUUUGGCUAAUUGAGUUUUUAGUAUAUCAUUAGUUCUUUCAACUAGGCCAGAGAAUUGAGGAUAAUAAGGACAGUGAAAUCUCUGGAAGAUAGGAAACUUUUUGCAUAUUUCUUUAAUUAAAUGCAUACACCAGUUGUUACAAAGGACCUUCAGGACUCCCCAAGUGGGGAUGAUAUUUUUGAGAAGCUUCUUGGUCACAAAGGUGGACAGUAGCUUGACAACCAGGAAAAGCUUCUACCCAGUGAGAAAACCUACAAAUCAUCACUAAUACAAAUUUAUAACCAUUUGAUGGUGGGAGCUGAAUAAAAUCAGCUUGCUAUUCAAGCUUAGGUCCUGAAUGCAGGGAGUACCUUCCAGGCAGAGGUUUGUAGGGUUUAGCUGAAUUAAAUUGAGCACAAAUAGGGCAAUGGGAUGCCACAUAGUCAGCAGUCUCAUAAAAAUACCCCCACGAAUACUAUUUUAAGAUUUCCAUCAUUUUGUCUGUUCCCAAACAGGUGUUCGCAUGUAAUGCUGCUGGCAUGGGGAUUUGUAAAGAUUUGCGGAGAACUAAUUUCUCGUUAGGACCUAUCCAUAUUCCAGAGGUGGGACACUGAGAGCAACCCGAUCUUUUCCAUUUCUCCAUUUCUUCGUAUGAGGCUGAUUUCUCAUGCUCAAGUAAAUCCUUGGCAGCAACUCCUUUGGGAAAAGAAAAAUUCUCUAUAAGCAUAUUAAAAGGUUGCUUAUCAUCUACAACAAUACCCCACUUCAUAGGACCUAAAAUGCAAGCUAAGACAGUAGGAGGACAAUCAAAACUAUGAAAAAGGAUGUGGUCCACUGUGGUGGAAAAAUCUCCCCAGCAGUAAUUUGCCAAAGCCUGAAUUGGGUCAUCUUCUUUAAUCCCUAUAUCAUACGUAAAAAAAAAAAAACUCCAAACCAUAAGGACAUGCA